CUUGCUCAUUGUUUUUGUUAAAACCUAUUAUCAUAUGAGAAGCACACACCUGUUGGUUGACGAUGUAUGUUGGGGGACAUCAUGGGUCAUAAUGUGAAAUAUUGACAUAGUCUUUGAACAUUUUGAAUGAACCAUAUACGUUUACCUGUACUAAGAGUUUUUAUUGUUCAUACCGAUAUGCCACUUCUUAUACAUAUCUGAGGUCCUUAACAGUUUAUAUUUCUGACACUAAUUGUUUAACUUGUUCACAUUGCACUUUAUUGAUGCUCUUUAUUUUCUAUAUUUUGUUAUAUUUGCACUCUUUGUUACUGCAACAGCACAACAGUUUCCCAAGGGAUGAAUACAGUUCAAUCUGGAUUUAUCUUUUUUACUUUAAUGUAUCCCCACUUCCUAAUUUAAGUCUUUCUUUCUUUCCUGUCUUCAUAUCACCCCAAUGUCUUUCUUUUUUAAUUUAUCUUUCCUUUGUUUCUUCUGCUUUCAUUCUUUCUUUUGCACAUCAUUCCUUUCUUCCUGUCUUCAUAUUACAUGUGUUACAUUUUUCUUUCUGUUUUUCUUUCUUUCCUUUCUUUCUUUGUCUUCAUGUCAUAUUUCCCUGAUUUAUUUUUCCCCCUUUUUUUUCCCCCGACAGUUUUUGAAGGCAGCAUCUUGAAAUCACAAGUUGUGCUGCCGCUUCAGGCUUUCCAACGCAACACUAUCGCUAUCAUGCAGUUUCACCUUUGAGUUGAACUUUUCCUGCCAAGCCUUGAAUAUGAUUUGUACAGAGAUGGGUGUGGUACUUCAACCUGGUGAUGUGGAGAAAGGAAAACGAAACCCAACGGCGUCGGCUGCUUGUCAACAUUCUUCAACAAGUAGGCUGAAGUUAGAGGUUUUAGCAGAUUCACAACAGCUAACACGCAGAUAGUACGUUGAGGAACUGAAGACACACCGAGAGGAGCAACAUGUCUGCUGCAAGAAAGGAACUCCAGGAGGCCUUGUGCUGCUACACCGCAGAUACCCUCAUCUACAUCGACACCGUGAGAGAAUUUGUCGAGUGGAGCCCUAAGUGGAUGCUGAAGAGGGAGACAGAGUUGAUCAUGAUAAUGGACAUUAAAGACAGGGCUGACAACAUUGACCUAGACAUCAGUCAUGUUACCCAGUCAGACAACAGAGCUACGGCCUUUUGGCAAUAUAUGAGAAGCAAGGUAACCCAGGUGACUGCAGACAGCAGGCGUACAGAGCUGGAGAAGGAGCUGGCUGCUGUGCUGAAGACCACUCUGGAAGGCCUGGAGAAGCUUAACUGCUUCCUGGAUGCAGUGGAGAGUUUGGCGGUCACCUCACUUCAUGUGUUCAUGGAGAAGGACCAGGUGUUACAUCUGCCAGAAGGGAUCAGCCCUGAACAUGUUCAGGUUGUCAUCACUGCUGCACGGAAAAUCUGCCAGCACCUAAUCGAGUUUAAGAGAGAUGUAAACGUCUUCUUCCUCCCCAAACUUCAGAAUGUGGAAGUGCUGGCAUAUCAGCUGGACAAAUACAUAAAGACCACCCAGAAAAUCUGUGAGACGUUAGAGAAAAGCUCCUUCGGCAACUUUUGCGUGAAGAUGAACGACGAAACUCUGGUAAACCUCGAUGUGGAUUUGUCUGAAGAUGAGACACAAAGGAUGCUUCAUCACAUUAACCAGCUUGAUGAACUCAGGAUGAACAAGAACUUCCGGAUGGUGUUCUUGUUUCAGGGCGAACCCUGUUCUGGCUUCAUCGAUGAGUUCAGUAAGCGACAACCCAAGAUGCUGCAGUGUCUUAAAGAGCUGGAGGAGAAUGCUGUUCAGUUAGACAGGAUGCAUAAGGGUUCAAAGAUCUCCAGUGUGGCCGGCAGCUCGGUGGGGGCAGCUGGAGGUGUGCUUUCCAUCAUUGGCUUGGCGUUAAUUCCUGUAACAGCUGGAGCGUCUUUAAUUCUGACAAUGACUGGGGUCGGGCUGGGAAUUACCAGCGGCGUCAACAGUGCUGUCACCACCGCCACAGAGAUUGGAGUAAACCAUAAACAUCAAAAGAAAGCCAGAGAAGUCUUCCAGAGCUUCAUGGAGGAUGUGCAGUUUUUCCAGGAUUGUCUGGAGAAGGUCACCAAAAGCAAGCUAGAUGUUGUUCUGGGAGUUGGCAAGGUGCUCUGUAGAUCUGGUGCUAUUGUAAAGGGUAUUGAUUCACUUGUUGAUGCAUCCUCCGCUAUUAAGAUGUUAAAAAGUGAAGAGCUGGCUGUAAAUGCUGGCAAAGUGGCAGUGCAGGAAGGAAAGGUAUUGCGUAACAUCCCCAAGGUUGCGUCAGAUAUCCCAGAUAUUGGACAGGCAGCAGUCAAAGGGCCUCUUGCCCUCUCCAAGUCAGCCAGGGCCGGUCUCAUCGGGCUCAAUGCUCUCUUCCUUGGCAUGGAUAUCUUCUUCAUCUGUAAAGAUAGCAUCAGUCUGGCUAAAGGCAGCGAGACUGAAGUCUCACAGUUCAUCAGAGCCAGAGCUGCACUCUGGAGCUCAGAGGUGGACUCAUGGCAGAUGGUCCAUGACUUCCUAAGCAAAGGUGUGCAGACAUCAGAGGAAAACAAAGCUGUCCUGGAGAAACCAUUUUAUCCAGAGAGGGAGAUGAAGAAACAAAAACCGGAAGAGAAAGAUGUUUGUGUAAUACAGUAGUGAACACUGAACACAGACAAUUACUGCCUUAGUGGCAACAAUCACAAUGUGCCUUAUUUCCAACUGUUUAACACUGUUGUUCUUUGAGGAAUUCUUAAUUAGCUGAAAUUCUCAUGACAUAGACUGAACCUGUUUCUAAAUGCAUUGGAGGUGUAAUUUAGUAAUACAUUUGAAUGUAAUGUAAUGUAAGAGUUGCAAUUACUGCCAUAUGAAAAUGUUAUGCAAAAUACAUUCUGUACAAUCUGUAGGUAUAAUUCUACCUGCACAUUUUUCUUGCACUGUUUAUAUUUGAUUCUGUUAAUUGCAAUGAUAGAUAUAUAGAUAAGUAUUUGGAUGCUUAUAAUUUGCAGGAUUUACUUUUCAACUCCACCUUUUAUAUUUUAUUUAUGUAAUCUCUUGUAAUGAUAAUACCUGCAGCUCAGCACAGCUGGAUGUCAGUCAAAGUAAGGUGCACUGAGGGAAGUCUUUUGCAUUCAUUUGAUCAUUUAUAUUUCACAGUUAUUAACACCAGUUUAAGAACUUUUUACAUGACAACAGACAGCAAACUUGAACACUAUAGACCAGGGGUGCCAAAACCGGCCCACCUGAGGGUCCAAUCCGGCGCGCGGGAUGACUUUGCAAAGUGUAAAAAUUACAGAGAAGACAUUAACUACAAUUGUUCAAUAAAAGCAACUGCUAUUUCAAA